AUGUCUACCCGAAGGCCCCAAUUCUCCCAGCAGCUGCUCAUUGACACCACUCCAUUGCCCGCCGAUAUUCCCGCCGUCAAGGAGGUCGGUGCCAGUUCUGCCCCUCUCCUCUCGGCCUCCUUCUUCAUCGGUGCUCGAUGCCGCGACUACAAUGACGAUUAUAUGCAAUGCAAGAACGAGAACCCGGGCCGAGGAGAGCUUGAGUGCUUGAAGGAGGGUCGACGAGUUACCCGAUGUGCCUCCAGCGUUAUCAAGGAUAUCAACACCCACUGCCUGGCUGAGUUCCGCAAGCACUGGGAGUGCCUCGACAACCGAAAUCACCAAUUGUGGCAGUGCCGUCCUGCUGAGUGGAAGCUCAACAAGUGCGUCUACGACAAUCUGAAACUCGAGAAGAAGAUCCCCGAUCAGCCAACGAACUCGACCCCUGUUCACCUUCGACCAAAGCAGAUCUUCGCUGAUGUGCGCAUCGGGCCUGGAGACGGCAAGCCCUUCGUUCCGGGGCAGGAGGAUGCGCAACAAUAG